AUCGGAAUGGGGUCUGUAAUGGGCUCCUUGACAUCAUUUUUCAUCAUUGAUAAGUAUGAUGGUAAAGAAGCUAUCAUCUUUACGACAAUAUUAAAUUUUAUCGUAUUUGGGUCAUGUAAUCUACUCUGUAUGAAACUGGAUCACGUCUUUGACUACUGGGGAUCUAUAGAACAUCCAUGGUACUUUAACAUAAGAUACCCCUUACUUCUUGUACUUGGAUAUUUCCAUGGCAAAUUGCUUUUUGGUGAAAGUGGAAAAAAGAAACUAGCAAAAAUAGAAAGGAAAUUAGAGAGAUAUGGAUUCUUGUAAAAUUAAAUAAAAUUCUGCGGUUGCUACUAUCGCUUCAUCAAAUUAGAAUCAGACUAUAUAAACUUCUCUCCCUAUAUCUAAUUAAUGCAUUUUAGUUGCAGACACAACAAGUUGACAGAGAA